AUGUCAUUUAGGAUACAUAACAUGUUUGUUCCAGGAGUCGAGUUUGGCGCUCGUAUGGUAACUAUUGAUGGAAAACAAAUCAAACUCCAGAUUUGGGAUACCGCUGGUCAGGAAUCGUUCAGAUCUAUUACUCGAUCUUACUACAGAGGUGCAGCUGGAGCUUUGCUUGUUUACGAUAUUACCCGUCGGGAUACGUUCAACCAUUUGACGUCAUGGCUAGAGGAUGCACGACAACACAGCAACAGCAACAUGGUGAUAAUGUUGAUUGGAAAUAAGAGUGAUCUUGAAGCUCGACGUGAAGUAAAACGGGAAGAAGGCGAGGCUUUUGCCAGAGAACACGGGCUCGUGUUCAUGGAGACAAGUGCAAAGACAGCAGCCAAUGUUGAAGAGGCUUUCAUCGACACGGCGAAAGAGAUCUAUAGAAAAAUUCAAGAAGGCGUGUUUGAUAUAAAUAAUGAGGUACGUUAA